UAUAUUCCCCUGACCUCGCCAUCGGUGCUUGAACCCCUCCCCAACAAUCUCCGCUCUCUCUCUCUCUCUCUCUCUCUCUAGCCAUCGAUCAACCGGGAUCCUGAAUCGAACAUCGCCGGCGUCGUCGUCGGGGGGCUGAUCAGUCGAGUGAGGGGGUUUUUGGUUGGUGUGGACAUGAGCUGCAAUGGGUGCAGGGUGCUGCGGAAGGGGUGCAGCGAGAGUUGCGUGCUGAGGACGUGCCUGCAAUGGAUCCCGACCCCGGAGGGCCAGGGCAACGCCACCCUCUUCCUCGCCCGCUUCUUCGGCCGCAGCGACCUCCUUUCUCUCAUCGCCGCCGUCCCCGAGCCCCAGCGCCCUGCUUUAUUUCAGAGUUUACUGUUCGAAGCGUGCGGGAGGACGGUGAACCCAGUGAACGGAGCGGUGGGGCUACUCUCCUCCGGCAACUGGCACAUCUGCCAGGCGGCGGUAGACACCGUGCUCUCCGGCGGAGCCCUCCAACCGUUGCCGGGGAUCCUCUCGUCAGCCUUGCCGAGGGACGAGCUGUCCACCAGCACGUGCCGGGGGCAGACCCUUCUCGGCCACCAGUUCACAUCGUCAUCGCCAGCAGCCCAGGGGGACCUCAACAAUUGCAACCUCGGCCUGAAUUCCGCCAACAAGUUCUCCGGUAAACGGCGGGGAAAGAGGAGCCAUUUCAUGGAGAAUUGGCCGGUCAAGACGGCGUCGACCCUCAGCUCUGAGGUGUCGGAGGUUGCGACGGUCUCGAGCGGCGGAGGCCAAGAGACCAAGCUCUUGAAUUUGUUCAUCUAAUUGACUGACUACCGAUUAGGGAAGAAAUGGGUAUCUCCAUCUUUUGCUGUUUCUUUUUGGUCUUUGUUUAAUUAAGAUCGGCGGUGCAUAAAGAGCAAUGGUAGAGAAAGAAAACCGGCCGCCGGAAUUGAACUCCGGCGAGCUCUUAGUUUUGCGGUGGGUCAGAUCUUACUUGUAGUGGCUUUUUUCCAAUUGCAAGGAAAGAUAAUUUGUCAUAUAAUGGAAAAUUUUGCGCUGCUUACAUAUCUA